GGAACGAACGAAGCUGAGAGCCGAGCAGGAAGGAAAAUUAACGAAGGCAGGAGAGGCUUUGAAUGCUAACAAGCGUUAUAGCUUUAACUACAAUAGUAGCCGCCGUUGUUUAGCCUAAAAGGUGAAGAGUUUUUUUUGUUGUGUGCCGAAAACAUCAAACGAUGGAGUCGGCGAACUAGUAGCCAACCACGAUUGCAAAAACCCAACACCUGGUAACCCGCCGAACUUGGAGAGCAAGCAAAGGCUAUGCGCCAGCUGCAGAAUUCACCAUCAUCAUCAUCAUCGGUGCCGCUACCUUCAUCUUUUUCAGUUGAAGUGAAAUGUAUUGCCUAGUCUGUAUGGGAGACGGAUCUUACACUUACUGACCAUUACCAUGGAGAUAGAGAAUAUAGUCGCCAACACGGUGCUGCUGAAGGCGAGAGAAGACAGGGACUAUACCAGUCUGUGUGAGAGACAGCCGAUUGGUCGAUUGCUGUUCCGUCAGUACUGUGACACCAGGCCAGAGCUCAAACGUUGCAUCGAGUUCAUGGACUCUGUGGCCCUGUACCAGCUCGCUCCGGAUGAGAAGAGGAAGGACUGUGGAAUCAGAAUGUUGGAAACGUACUUUAACAACGGGUCGGCAGCCCAUCUGCGAGAUAUACCGCAGGAGUUGGUAGGGGAGUGCCGUGAGAAGCUGGAACAGACGCCCUGCAAGGAACUCUUCAACGACUGCUGCAAGUAUGUCUGUCUUCUUAUUGGUCCAAACACCUGUCCAUCAGGCUAUCACCUGGCAUUCAUUGGUCAGCUCGCCUGUCCAUCAGGGUAUCACCUGGUAUUCAUUGGUCAGCUCGCCUGUCCAUCAGGGUAUCACCUGGCAUUCAUUGGUCAGCUCGCCUGUCCAUCAGGGUAUCACCUGGCAUUCAUUGGUCAGCUCGCCUGUCAAUCAGGGUAUCACCUGGCAUUCAUUGGUCAGCACACCUGUCAAUCAAAGAGCUACAUAUAAUUAAGUGGUCUGGCUAUUGUAUCUGGGUGGGGCAUCCUAAUGCCAGAGAUGAAAAGGUGAAGCGAGGGAAAACUCAACAAGCAAAGAGUUUUUCUAUGGAGGUCAAUGCGAGAGAGGGUGGAAUUUGGUUAUAUAUAUAUAUAAAAACAAUGUUAUGGUUUAUUUGCUACGUGUGGCUUAUUUGAUUAAAUAAAUGUUUUUUGUUGUAAUACUUCGG